CUGACACGCGUGUGGGGUUUCAACGAUAAAUGUAGACAGAGUGGGACAGGCGUGCGAUCGUGCAAACACGGAUACUGAUGUUCUAGCGCCUAGGAGUAAUCGGAGGAGGUUAUUGAGAUGGGAUCGUAGAGCGAAAAACCAUACACCGGGGAUUUUCAACGGUGUGUUAUUUACCCGCUUCCCCAGGUUCAUGGUAGGUAGGGGAAGUUAUGCGCGGCUCCCAAGGUGAAUCCACAGUUUGGAAGGUUCUGGGGCAGACCGAGGGCGCAAACCGAGGGCGCCAGGAACGCGGUGAACAAAGAGCGGGUCGAUGAGACAGGAGCACGGGGCUUAUCCUAAACACGAGGAAUAAGGCAUUGGCAGUCAGUACUCAACACAGUCAUUAUUGGCCGCAUUAUUUCGCAGAGUCCGAGCGGAAUGAGGAUUGUGGGGAGGGGGGAUGGGGUAGAGUCGAGGAGCCUGACUGAGGGGGGUGGAGGGAGGAGGCGAAAUGCAAAAUGGCAGCUUUGCUAACUAACUAAUCCGGAAACAUGUGAAGCGCCCGGUCACGGGAUUAUUAAUUGGGUUGGGUUGUUGUGCGUAGACUCCAGCUUCUUCAGUCAACGCAACCAGCAAUCGGUCAGCCAGACACGCGAGCAGCGGAUCGAUCCGUGGAGCCGGAAAAGCACCAAGGCGGGUGAUUCAGUCGGCAGAGUGUGCGGGAAGCGGAGCUAAUCAUUGACGCCACAUACUUUAUCUAUGACACCAGGGAUGUUGACACUUUUGUGCGGAGGAGGGGAGGGAGAGGGGAUGGUGUGACUGACUGUGGGUGAGAGAUGUGAAGAAGAGAGAGGAGCGGGAAAGAAACAACGGCGGCAAGCGUUUCGUCUCUCCAAGUCACUCCAGAGAACUCAAGAGAUCGUACUGCGCUCCGUCUGUCUGACUAUAAUAUUAAGACUGUGCGUCGUCAGUGGGCCUCCGCUAGAGCGUUUGAUCCCCUACAGGCAAUAACCUCUAGCAGGGUUUCAGCAGAUAUACCGUACAGCGCCAAAGGCGUGUGCUGGUGGGAUAGGGAUGAUAAGAUGAUCCCCCGGUUGGAGAUACAAUCGGACGUCUCGGCGGAAAUCCCCACGGUCCAGGUGAACAGCAAGAGCCUUCCAAUCCUUAAUAUUAUUCAUUUUGCUUUGCCACAACUGAUCAAGGGAAAGCGGCGCUAUUUUAGUACGGCGGCCAAGCAGGCAGGAGAAAGCACUUCUAAGUGGAAGUUUAUGUUGGAGGCGAUUGAUGAGACAGUGGCAUGGCUAGUAGACUACAUAUUACGGUGGUGCGGACCAAGUCAUCGAAAGGGGAUUUCGAGAAGCUUCGGGCCCAACAGAUUUUAUUUCCUUUUUAUGUUACGGAGCGCAUGGCUGUUUGCUACGACAUCUAUCUCGAUACCUCUCUACCCAGCAGGUAGCGUGCUGUCACUCGAGGAUGGGGAGAAUCAGGAACUAACAAAAGGGAUCUUAAUUGAAGUGCAGUGAGGAGAAUGGGAAGCAACGUAUCUCAGAGGCGGAUCGGUUCGCUAUAGGGUUUGCUGAAGAGUUAGCCUUCCCUUCCAGGCAGAUUGAAGGCAGGCAUCGAUGCCCAAGGGUGUCCGGCUGCGUCCACCGGUAAUCCCAUGGGUGGGUGGGUAUCUGUGGCUCUCUAGUCAGCUAAACAUAUGGAAGCGACGGCAUCCAUGGGUCCAUCCAUAACUAAUAAUUACGUGCUGCAUAAAUGAUGGUGGCUGGACGGGCGGCACAUCGCUGCUUGUACGGAGUACAGGUGCAGGAGUGACCCUGUGAUUUGGGAAGUUUGUGUUGCAGUUGCCCCUCCAUUUUCCCGCGCUCAUCUGCUGCCAACUGGUUUAUUUUUGCUUACAAUAAUGAUUGAAUUGCCCCACGCAGCUCCAGGCUCUAGAAAAUAUGGGAAAGAAGCUGCAUGGUUUCAAGUCAGGAGGCUCUGUGACCAGAUCUUCUCAAGGUUGCCGACUCCUCACGGACACUCACUCCCUCCCUCCCCUCCCACAACAAAAAACUACAAAUCCGGGAUCUUCACCAUGAGCGGAGUGAGAAAGUGGGGAAAGACUGCGAAGGAGCACGGCGUAAUUUGGGGGUGGGGGUCGUUUGAAAAAAUAAGCAGCCAUGAAGAAACCGGAACUGGCUAGGCCGCACGGAAUUGAACCCCCUAUUUUGAAAUAGAAUAUAAAAAUACAUAAAAUACAUAAAGUACAUAAAGAAUUAAAAGAAAUAAAUCUCUCAAUAAAAUAAAAA